UUUAUAGUGAUCCUUUGCCUCUUCUCCAUUUACCAGUCUUCUACACGCCUUCACCCCUGCAAACCAAAUCAAGAUUCACACACAAACACACACACACACACACAUACCGGAAAAGAACAAACACACAUUCACACACAUCUCAACCAUGUCGUCCUCAGCUCCACCUCCAUCCCACAACCACGAACCCACCGCCGGAACCCUUACAGAACCCCCGCAAAAACCCGCAUCGGAGAUCAAGAAGCCAACUUUCCUGACCCCCCACCAGAAGCCGACGUGGGUCCUCCCGUACCGGACCCCACUCCUCAAGAGCCUCUACUCCAUCGGCCGCAAGCUCGGGCAGGGCCAGUUCGGGAUCACCUUCCUCUGCACCGAGAAAUCCACCGGCACCCCCUACGCCUGCAAAUCCAUCCCCAAGAAGAAGCUGAUCUGCCGGGAGGACUACGAGGAUGUCUGGAGGGAGAUUCAGAUAAUGCACCACCUGUCGGAGCACCCCAACGUGGUCAGGAUAAAGGGCACCUACGAGGACGCGCUGUUCGUGCACAUAGUCAUGGAGCUGUGCGCCGGCGGCGAGCUCUUUGACCGGAUUGUGCAGAAGGGACAUUACAGCGAGAGGGAGGCCGCCAAGCUGAUCAAGACCAUUGUUGGGGUUGUCGAGGGCUGCCACUCGCUGGGGGUCAUGCACAGGGAUUUGAAGCCCGAGAAUUUCUUGUUCCUUAGUGCCGAUGAGGAUGCUGCCCUCAAGGCCACUGAUUUUGGUCUCUCUGUUUUCUAUAAACCAGACGAAAGUUUUAGCGACGUUGUGGGAAGUCCUUAUUAUGUAGCACCGGAGGUUCUGCAGAAACAUUAUGGACCCGAGGCAGAUGUAUGGAGUGCUGGAGUUAUUUUGUACAUUUUACUCAGUGGUGUUCCACCUUUCUGGGCAGAAUCUGAGAUGGGAAUUUUCCGGCAGAUAUUACGAGGAAAAUUGGACUUUGAUUCCGACCCAUGGCCUGUGAUUUCAGACGACGCGAAGGAUUUAAUAAGAAAGAUGCUGGAUAGAAAUCCAAAGACACGGUUAACAGCGCAUGAAGUUCUGUGUAAUCCAUGGAUUGUUGAUGAUACACUGGCCCCUGAUAAACCGCUUGAUUCUGCAGUUUUAUCACGCCUCAAGCAGUUCUCGGCUAUGAACAAACUUAAGAAAAUGGCUUUACGUGUUAUUGCUGAGAGAUUAUCCGAAGAAGAAAUUGGCGGUCUGAAAGAGCUGUUCAAAAUGAUUGAUACAGACAAUAGUGGAACAAUAACCUUUGAUGAACUCAAAGAAGGUCUAAAGCGAGUGGGGUCUGACCUGAUGGAAUCUGAAAUUAAAGAUCUUAUGAGUGCGGCUGACAUUGAUAACAGUGGAACAAUUGAUUACGGAGAGUUUCUUGCAGCCACUGUACAUAUGAACAAGUUAGAGAGAGAAGAGAAUUUGGUCUCGGCCUUCUCUUUCUUCGAUAAAGAUGGCAGUGGUUAUAUAACCAUUGAUGAGCUUCAACAGGCUUGCAAAGAAUUUGGUCUGAGUGAGCUUCAUCUUGAUGAGAUGAUCAGCGAGAUUGAUCAAGAUAAUGAUGGGCAGAUUGAUUAUGGGGAAUUUGCAGCAAUGAUGAGAAAGGGAAAUGGAGGUGGUGUUGGGAGGCGAACUAUGAGGAAAACUAUAAACUUAGGAGAUGCAUUUGGAUUGGGGAUUUCGGACAAUAAUAAUAAAGGAGCCGACUCACAGGAUUAAUCCCGGUUAAGAAAACUCAAAAUUUUCCUCCCUUUUUUUGGUUUCCCUGUGACAUUGCAACAAUUGACAUUUUAAUGAAAAAGAAGCUUUUGCUAGAUCGUCUCAAUUCGCUUAUUUUGGUCACCUCUUAAAAAAUUACUACAUUGCCCUCUCCCGAAGCCAUUAACCUCACUUAAACAGAAAGGUAUAAUCGCAUCACACUUGAAGUUGUGUAUUAG